AGCGGCUCAAAUGAUUAUUUAUAAAACUUAAAAAUUUAAUAACCUUAAGUUAUAAAAAUUUUUUAAACAAUUCCAAAUUAAAGUAAUCAAAAAUGGAUACUGCACAACUCGAUCUUGAAGAUGGUGAAGUUGUUGAUGAAGAGCCUGAUGCAUUUGACACGUAUAAAAUUUUGCAAAGACCUCAUAUACCUACAAAUCAUCGUAAGAUUAUAACAAAUUAUAGUGAUGAUACUGAAGAGUCUUCAGAAUCAGCGAGUGAUUCGGAUUCUCAAUCAGGAAUAAAAAAGAUGAAAAGGCCAAAAUUAAGAGCUAAAAGACGAAAAAUAGAAUCAGAUUCAACCAAUAAGAUUGAUAAAUAUAAAAUAUGGAAUACACAAGUGCAAGAAGAGGCUUUAACUGCAGAUUUAAUUUCGUGUGGUGUUACAAAAAAAUUAUAUCAAGGAAGAAACGUAGAAAAUUAUGAUUUACCAAUUCAUUAUCAUCUGAAUGGUCAUAAAACUUUAGGCAAUCGAAGCUCUGAUGAUGAUAAAGAAGAUGAAAAAGACGUAAACAUCAGAACGUCUAACAAGAGAACUCAUGCGGAUAGAAGUAAUGUUAAACUUAGACUUGGAAAAAAAUCUAGCUCAAUGGAUGUAGAUUCUCAGAAAGGUUGUGUUAGAACUAUUUCGGAUUUAUCAAUCACUAUUGAAUCUUCAGAUUCUCAAGUUGCAUGUGAUAUAACAGAAAAGCUCCACGAGAAAAAAGAUUCACUUAUUCAAAGAAUAGUACGUAUUGUUGGUAAACAAAAAGCCAUAGAAUUUUAUCAAAAAACUAAAGAAAUUGAAGAGAAUGGUGGACUGUUAAUAAUGAAUGGAUCGAGAAGACGAACACCAGGAGGUGUUUAUUUAUAUUUAGUCAAAAAUGAUGAUUACAUCCCUCAAGAAAAGAUACGAGAAAUAUUUGCUGUAGAUAAGAAAGAAAAUGCCGAACAAAAGAAAAAAGCUGGUGCUGCAAAGAUUCGCGAAAAAGCAAAUCAAUUGAUGAAAAAUUUAGAAAAUGGUUCAGAGAAUGAUUUGCCGACAUUAUUAACACGAGCAGAAUUAUCAACUCAACAAAUUGCUGAGGAAGCUAGAUUAAGACGUGGUGAAGGUAUGAACAGAACUCCAGUUGAUUCAGAUCGUACAGUUUCCAACCCUCCGCCAAGUCCUGUAACUGAUGAUCCUGAUCAUUCUGAACAUGUAACAGUUCAAAGACAAUUACAAGAUUACAGUGAAGAUUUUUUAGACAUUGGUGUUGAUAUUGAUAGCAUGGAAACAUUUUGAAAAAAAAGGUUUUUGUUUACUGGCUAAAAAAUUGAAUAUGAUAUGUGUGCCACAAUUACAUUGUGAUUGUUGCAACAAAAUCAAAACAAAAUUUAUAUUUUGUACAGGUCACAUUCUUACUAUACUAAGUUGAUAUUAAAAUUGUGAAAUACCCUCAAACAUCCAUGAGCCAGUAUUAUUUAUAAAAACUCAAAGAUUUUAUAAUAUUUAUUUUUUACUAUUUAUCAUAGUAAAAAUAAUUUUAAUUAAUUGAGUUGAAAAUAAAAAUGAUGUAAAAUAACUAAAUAAUACUGGUAUUGAAUUAAUGGUAAAUGGCAUAAUGAUUAUAUGCCAUUGCAUCGUAAUUAGUUUAUAAUAAUAAUUACUUAUUCACGUUAUUUUUUUGUUACAUGUUGAGCAGUCAAAAACAUUUGCCUUUUUCACUUAUUCAUUUUAUUACAAUAAAUUAUAACAAUAUUUGUAAUAUGAU